AUGGCAGAGUGUUCCACAGGCUGGGGGGGCUCGGAGAUUAGCAGAGAAGAGCUUGCUAAAGAUUUGGAUGCGAUACUCGGCCAAAAUCCUCCUACGUUGAGGGAGAGGUUUUCCCGACGCCAUCUACCUAUUUCUACCCCCAAGUUACCAACACACGCUUUCUACAACAAGCAUAUUGACAAGCAGUUGAUCCUCAAGCGCAUCUUGCCGCUGGACUCCUUGGCUGAUGACAUCUCCCAGCUUGUAUCCAACGCUCUGGCUGUCGCACUGGAGAAUACAUCCUGCGAUCAGCUGCCAACGGAAGCCUUUACCAGCUAUUUGGAGGCGACGUCCUAUGUAAAACCACCGACCGCAGAAAACAUCGCGGAGCUCUACGAAGAUGGCAUCGCCCGGGCCUGCGACAACAUAGUAACUAGGCUGCUAAUUCCAAAGCUGCGGCAAUGGCUACCGAACGUGCACUGGAGGCGACGCUUAAUCCCACCACCAGAAAGCAACAGUGGCAUCUACGACAACGCCAACUUGUUUCUUCUAUCGCGCGAGGGAAUGGUUGCACUCCCUGAUGGCCACCGAGAGUUAAUCGACUCAUCUUUGUAUGAAGAUCUUCAGCGGGUCGCAACAUCUGUACCAGGGAUGGGCAGUUGGAUCUUCAUGAACCAUUCCGAACACUCCGACUCUUUACUAGCCGAAUUGGACAAGUUUUAUCUCGAUGACGAAUUCCCAUACGAGCUCUGUGGCACCACCGGUCUCGAAAACGCAUCUUCCUCUCCGCAACCAUAUGAUGCACUACUCGCGCCUUGGACCCUUCCAUCAGGUCUCGGAGCGCCUCCAGUAUCGAGUUCCAAGCGCAAGUUACGUUCACGGGUACAAAAAAUACCGCCUUCGAGGAGCAUAACACCGUCGGCUCGUCGCAGAAGCGAAACAACUUCGCGAGAGGAAGUACCACUAACGGCUGCAGCGCUUUUGCAAUUGAGUUGGGCGCGUGCUGUGGAGACCGACUCGACCCUGAUCAUAAUCAACUGCGGUGACCAUGAACGAGUUUGCGUUCGCCAUCGGGCCACUCAGACGCUCUUCAUGUCUCCAAUGUUCAACAUCACUACAUGCAAAGACCCUGGCUAUCUCAAGCUUCACGUCGGCAUACAUUUAGCCCUGAUCAAAGAUGCUAUUGCUCGUUCCAAGCCUCCUCCCAAGAUUAUUUCACCUCCUGCAGAACCUCGAAGAAGUCCCAGAAAGCGUUCUCGGCCUGAUACAGAGGAGACGACAUCCCGGCCGCUAGCCAAGCGGCACAAAGCCACACUUGAUCCCGUCAAGACCAAUAUGUCCACCAUGUCUCUCGCCAGCGGACGCAACAUGCUUCUCCUCCACAUACGUUACGACGUUUACCACUCGCCGGCGCCUGCUUCGUUCAUUCGUGCUGGGCCAUGUCUGACUCACAAAUCGAAAUGGAAAGAUGGAAGGAUUCCCGCAAUCAAGCGUGCCUAUCGACACGACGAGUAUUUCGAAAUAAUACUUGGACGCAAAUUGGGUGACGGAGCAACCGGAACUGUCCACACUGCCAUCGCUCGAGUUUCAAGCAAAAAUGGAGAAAUCAUUCUUCAGGACGAUCUUGUUGUCAAACUCACCUUCAAGCGUCAAGAUCAGGCUCGUCUGCGCCACGAGUACGCUGUGUAUUCCCGCCUCGCUGAGCACGGUGUCAUGGGUGUGCCACAGAUCUAUGGGCUGUUCGAGGAUCUUGAAGGCGGUGCGAUUGCCUUGGUCAUGAAUAACUGCGGGCAAAAUCUAUAUGCCUUGCGACCAGACAAGACAAAGUUCAGAAUCUCUGUCACUCCGGCUCAACAAGAUCGCUUUAAAGAAAUUCUCUCCAGCAUUCAUCGUGCGGGAGUGCGACACUAUGAUAUUCGUGAUGCCAACCUUGUUUUAAAUGGCAAAGGAGAGGCUUUCAUCAUCGAUUUCGACCGCGGACGGUUUAAUCCGAGUGAAGGGAAGAAAGAGCGGGAGAUGGACAUUCUGCAAGAGUUGAUGAACGGAAUACCUCACGAUUUCUCAAUGCCUAGUCCGGAAACGCCUGGCACUAGGAACGAGAUCUGGUUACGCACUCCGACACCAUCUGAACAUUCAAGUGACCAGGAAGAUUCAGACGAGGACUGCGAGUCUGACGCAAACUCGGAUGCGAGGAGUGGAUCGGAUGAUUUGCUACUGUAA